GAGCUGAGGGUUGGGUUGGACAUAUUCAGCUGGUUAAAGUUUUCCUGCGCUUUUCUCUGGGCGUAAUUUGGACAGGGCGCGCGGGGAGCGCUAAUUAAUCUUCGAAAACGUUCGUCAUGUUCGACUAAACACUCGCAACAACGGAACUUUCGCUAAAUGCAAACUAAUCGCCAGAACUAUGUUUGGUUUAUGCUUUCAGAUUGUAACGUUAGCCAUGAUAACUCCAAACUAGCUUUCCUGCUAAACGCUCCGAAAUGGACUCGGUUCUGAGUGUCAGUGCGAAUCUCGAUCUAAUCGGUCCAAAAUCGAAUCGGAUUAACGAUGCUCUCUAGAAAAAAGAGUAAAAACGAAGCGUCCAAGCCAGCAGAAGUUCAGGGCAAAUAUGUGAAGAAAGAAACGUCCCCGCUUCUGAGAAAUUUGAUGCCCUCGUUUAUCCGGCAUCCAACAUUUCUUCGGCGUGAGCCCCCGUUAGUGGAGCCAGCUCCGGCCGAGGUGUCUGGUGCAGGUCCGUAUUCUUCUGGCUCUGUUGGCGAUGUUAGCGGCCCCAAGAGUUUCCUGCGCAACGCACCGCCACGGACCCCCCUCGAGGUGUCACGCAGGGAGAGUCAUCGGCUGUCUGCCCCACCACACCUUCAUCGUGAUUACUCCCCUUCCUCGCCCUCUUACAUGAGCGAUGCUGCUUCAGUAACGGAGAAUGGAGACGGUGGCCCGUAUUACUACCCUCCAGAGCCGUACUACAAUAACCAACCCAGACGAGCAUGCAGACCAGACCACUUUAAUGAGAACUACAGGUACUAUGAGCAAAAUGAGCUCAACUACCCACGAAACCCAGGACAGCCCCAGACGCCCCAGCCACACAGUCGCCCACCGACAGCAAUCGGCCGUGUUCCAGCAAAGUCGGUGGGUAAUCUGACGACCAUGAGUGGGGAGGAAGCGGCUCUUCCUCCUGGCUGGACUGUUGAUUGGACGAUUCGAGGCAGAAAGUAUUUCAUCGAUCACAACACAAACACCACUCAUUGGAGCCACCCGCUGGAGAGGGAGGGGCUUCCACCGGGCUGGGAGAGGAUGGAGUCAGCUGAGUGUGGAGUGUAUUAUGUUGACCACAUCAACAAAUGUGCCCAGUACAGACACCCCUGCGCACCCAGUGUUCCACGUUACGACCAGCCCCCUCCCCCGCCAGUCACCUACCAGCCCCGCCCACCAGAACGCAACCAGCCCGUACUGGUACCAGCUAACCCAUAUCACACAGCCGAGAUCCCAGACUGGCUGCAGGUGUAUGCCAGAGCCCCGCUAAAGUAUGACCACAUCCUGAAGUGGGAACUCUUCCAGUUAAUAGAUCUGGACACGUAUCAGGGGAUGCUGAAGCUGCUCUUCAUGAAGGAGCUGGAGUGCAUCGUUAAAUCCUAUGAAGCAUAUCGACAAGCGCUGCUCAGCGAACUCGACACUUGCAAACAGUGGCAGCAGUGGUAUGCCCAACAACCUGCCAAAAACUUCCCUGCUAACAUGUGACUUGUAUAAGACAUACCCAAAGUCCAUCAUUAUCAGUGCCUUAUCUGCUAUUGCAUACUCUCAUUUAUUCCCUCAAACGGCUCCAAAUAUAAGCCCAAAGAGAGACACCACAUAAAGCCUGUUGGGAACUUAUAUAUAGCUGAUCAGCCAUAAUACGAGUCUAUUCUUGGUUUGACUGUGUUAUGAAUGUGUUUGCCCAUGUUGAAAGUGUUUCUUUGUGCAUGUCAGGACUGUCAGGACUCAUUCCUUCUGCAUUGUGUUUUUUUGGACAAACACAACUAUAAGAUAUCAUUGUUUUCAUGUUUAAUCAGACUCAUAUUUUCAAUUAUAGUUUUGCUUUUUGGGUGAAUUUCAUCUAAAAAAUAAAUAAUAAUUAUACAGAUCACAUUUCACCUCAAAAAAAUCUAUAUAUAGAAUUUAUACUGUAGUUUGCAUAAAGAAAUUGUAGAUGGUUUUACAUCAAAUACAAUCAUGAUG